UCGAAGUCUGCCCCAUUUCUCGAGCUCUUCCCGAUUCUCAAUCUUCGCUCAAAGCUCGAGCUUCACCCAUUACUCGGGAUUCGCCCAUUCUCGAGCUUCGCCCAUUUUGGGACCUCCAAAUCCCAUGCCACUUUGCCGUUCGCAGGCUCGGGCCGUGUAGCGUCUCCGCCACGCUACACCUCAUCCACAGGCUAUCGCCGACCCCUCAGCUCCACCGCGCCGAGCCUCCUCCUCCGCUCCUCACUCCCGCCUCAGCCUCUGAAAAGUGGCUGGAUCGCUUCACUGUAACCUGGUUACCCCACCGUCGAUAUCUCAAGCGUCUCCUUCUCCAUCGUUCGCCGUCGCUAGCGUCGCCGUCGCCGUCGCUGUCGCUGUCGCUGUCGCUUUCGGCGUCGCCUGCCAUCCGGCAACCAUCGCGACGAUCGCUCCAUUCAGGGCUCUUCUACUUUCUGGCAGGACCGCACAUACAGUUCGCCUUGCAUGCUUACAAAAUAGCUUCCGAUCUCCAACCCUGCAUGCAUACGGAUUUGAAAGAGCAUCUAGCUCCAACCCUCAGUCUCACACACUCCUGACAGGAGCUCCAGCUUUUCUAUGACUACUUCGAAGCUCACGUGAUCCCGCUCCUAUCACAUCGCGCUAUAGUCACAAUGCGCAAGCUACGCGUCCUGAUCGUGGGAGCGGGCAUCGGCGGCUGCACGCUCUCUCUCGCCCUCCGCCAAACCACCGCCCGCACGCUCCCCGCCAUCCUGCAACGCGCUACAUCCGCCUCCCCUGCCGCUACAGCUUCCGCCGCUGCUUCCGCGACGCCCGCGCCUCCCGGAUCUCCCUCCGAGUCGCUCUUUGAGGCGACGGUGUUCGAGCAGGCGCCGCAGAUCCAGGCGGUUGGCGCGGGGCUGUCGCUGGGCGCCAAUGGGCUGCGCGUGCUGGACGGGCUGGGGCUGUAUGAGAAGGUCCAGAACCUGAGUGGCCCCAUCUCGUCACUGCACACGUACACGGAAGGGGGCAGGAAGCUUCGCACGUUCGACUACUCAUUCAUGUCUAAGCGCUAUGGCUACCCCAUGAUGGCCAUGGAGCGAGCAGAGCUGCAGGGCCUGUUGGUCCACGAGGUGAUGGCAGCCUCUGAGUCAGCGCCAGUGCCGCCCAUUCUGUUCAACAAGAAGUGCAUCUCCGUGCAGAACCUGGGGCCAGGGAAAGGCGUGCGCGUGCACUUUGAGGAUGGCACAUGUGAGGUGGGCGAUGUGGUGGUGGGAGCAGAUGGGGUGAAAUCAGCCGUCCGCUCUGCUGUUAUGCCACGUCAUGACCCGCAUGACCGGCGUCCCACCCGUGGGUCUGCAGCGUACAGUGGCAUCUCCUGCAUCCUCGGAAUCACCUCGUCCGUCCCGGACUGGCUAAAGGGCAGCGCCUACUGGGUGCUGGGCCCGGGAAAGGUCUACGGCACGUGGAGCAUGGGGCGCGACAAGCAGUACUGGUUCCUAUCGGAGCAGGAGCUGAUCACUGCGGAUAACCUCGCUAUGUGGACACCGAGUGAUGCCCUAAAGGGGAUGGACGACAUGUGGAACUGGUUCCAUCCCUACGAUGCCCAUGCCAUGUUUUCGCGGACCGUUCGGGCGGUCAAAAUCGGGUUUUUCGAGCUGCCCGCCGACGCGCCGUGGGUGGGGGGCGCGCCGAAUGGGGGGGCGGGGGGAGGCGGAGGGGGGAAGGUGGCGGGACGAGUGGUGGUGGGGGGAGAGAAUAGGGUGGUCCUGCUGGGGGAUGCGGCUCAUGCCAUGUUGCCGACUGUGAACCAGGGGGCUAACAGUGCGAUUGAAGAUGCUGCUGUGCUGGCACGGGCUUUGACCAAGUACUGUGUUGCUCCAACCAUGCAACACAGCAGAAGCAGCAGCACCAGCAGCAGCACGAGCACCAAUGGAAACAGCAGCAACAACAGCAGCAGCAGCAGCAGCAGCAGCACCUACGAGUGGCGGAACGAGGCAUCAGCAGCAGUGCCGGGCGCUCUAGCAGCGUACGCAGCAGCAAGGGAGGCGCGGGUGAGGCGCAUGAUAGGCGUGUCGCGGCGCACGGGGCAGUGGCAGACCAGCUACAACCCCGUGGUGCAGCGGCUACAGCAGGCCGUGCUACAGUGGACGCCUCAGAGUGCCAUGGAGCGGUCGAUGGACUGGAUGUACAAGUACAGAGGACCGGAGGGCAUGAGGUGGUAGCACGCACAGGAGGGGGUGAGGUGGUAGAUGGGGAGAGGAAGGGCUUUAUGUGGGAUCACGAUAGGGGUGUCGAGACACACAGGGCAGUGGCAGACCAGCUACAACCUGGUGGUGUUGAGCUUUCAGGUACAGGGGAGGAAAGGGUGACAUGGUAGCAUGCACAACAGGGGGCAGUGGCUGACGAUCUACAACCCCGUGGUGCUGUGGCUGCAGCAGGCCGUGCUACAGUGGACGCCUCAGAGUGCGAUGGAGCGGUCUAUGGACUGGAUGUACACGCACAGAGGGCCGGAGGGCAUGAGGUGGUAGCAUGCAGGGAAGCGAGUAGCACAGGUAGGGGAGCGGCUGAUGAGCUACAAACCGGUGGUGCUGCGGCUUCUGCAGGCUGUGCCACAGUUCACGCCUCAGAGUGCCAUGGAGCGGUCUGUGGACUGGAUGCGCUCGUACGGAGGACUGGAGGGCAUGACUUGGUGAAGAUUUUUGGGAAUUCUAAAAAAUCGCCUACAACAUCGGGGAGGCUGUACAAGUGCAGGUGGACAAGGGAGACGUGAUGAGUGUGGAGUGGUAGGGGUUGACCAUGCUGCAGCUUUAUCCUCAGAGUGCCAUGGAGCGGUACCUGGACUAGAUGUAUACGUAGAGAGGACUGGAGGGCAUGAGUGGUACGGUCCAUGGGGGACGCUCUAUGAACCGGAUGUUCAAGUAUAGGGGACUGGACAGAGCGAUGCGGUGGUCACAUGGCACUGGACGACAAGACUAGCUGACUUGGUAGAUGGACACUGGGUUUACAUUUCACUCACCAGGCAGGGUAGCACAAGGCAUGUUGAUUAGGCAGUACAUGGGAUAGAAAGUAAUAAAGAACAUCACGCUGCGAAUGCUGUUGCUAUGGCAUGCUUGUCGAGUGACCUUCGCAUGAAUC